UCCGACUUGCAGCGUUCUGUGGAGGCUGUGGCAUGCUCAGGGAGCUGCAGGGACCCUCCUAACAUGCUCAGCCACUUGUGUGGAGAAGUGGGAGCUGCAGCAGGCUUUUACAAGCAGAUGUAGGCUGCCAGCUGUGAGGUACAUCAGCACAGCUCAGGCUGGCUAAAAAACAGUACUCGUGCUGCUAUGUAUCAAAAACAAGAUCUUAGUAUCAAGAUGGCCGACCUGGAAGUAUACUUGUAGCUCAUGAUCCUUAUGCAAAUGAGCUACAUGUUAGUGGCUUACUCAGAGGAGGAAGCUAAUUUUGCACGUGACACCUCCCCAGGAUCAAGAUGGAUAGCACAGAGGAACCUCAGAAAAAAGUCUUUAAAGCACGAAAAACGAUGAGAGCGAGUGAUAGACAACAACUUGAAGCUGUCUAUAAGGUUAAAGAGGAGCUUUUAAAGACAACUGAAGUUAAACUGGUAAAUGGAAAGCAUGAGAAUGGAGAUUCUGAUUUAAAUUCCCCACUAAGCAAUAUAGACUGUAUGGAGGACAAGAGGGAAGUUAAUGGCCUAGUGGACUUGAGUGUUAAUUCUGAAGAAGGAAAACCAGCUUCUGAUGAAACCAGUGAGGCCAAAAGCCCUGAAAGUAGGACAGGGAGCAUAGUCAAUAACGUAGAACCCAAACCUCUAACGCAGUCUUCAGAGAAUGUUACUGCUGAGCAAGACAAAGAUAUUGAUACUACUUUAGCUUCUGAGGCUGAAAAUGGAGUGCUUGGUAGCAAUAAAAAUAACUUCCAUGAAGAAAAUAAUACAAAAGAUCAUUUGGACCAAAGAGAGAGUGACAUCCCAUCAGUAGGUGAGAGCAAGUCAACCUGUGAUACUCAUGACUGUUCUGAAGAGAAGGGAGAAACAAAUGACUCAAGUAUUAACUCCAGUUCACCUAGUGAGGAAAGAAGGACUGAAGAAGUAAUGGUUGAUGAUGCCGUUGGAGAAGAAAUAAUAUCUAGCAGUGUGGAAGCUGAUAACGAACCAAAGGACAAACGAGAUGGCACUGGAGGUCUUUCAGAAACCACUGUUGAGAAGACAAUAGAUGAUCCAAGUGAAAGUAUCUUAAAUGAUAGUAACUCUAUGGAAACAGAUGAAAUUAUUCCAAUUUUGGAAAAACUAGCCCCUGCUGAAGAUGAACUGACCUGUUUUUCUAAAAGUUCUCUUCUUCCAGUGGAUGACACAGCCCCAGAUUUAGACGAUAAAACAGAUAGCUGUUUGGGUUCUCCAUCCAAGCAGGAAAGCAAUGAAAGUCUGCCAAAAGAGGCUUUCUUAGUACUGUCUGAUGAAGAGGAUCCUUGUGAUGAGAAGGAGGAAUGUGCUGAAGUGAUACUACCAAACAAGUCAAGUCUUCCAGAAGAGGUGGAGGAGGAGAGAAUAAAGGAAAGCGAGGAGGAUAAAGAAGAAGAAGAGGCCCACAAAGAAGAAGAGAAACACACAGAGAGAAGUGAAGUGUCAAGGAGAAAGCGUUCCAAAUCCGAGGACAUGGACAGCGUUCAUUCUAAACGUCGUCGGUAUAUAGGAGAAGAUUAUGAGGCAGAACUCCAAGUAAAAAUUACAGCCAGAAGAGAUGUUGACCAAAAAUUACAAAAGGUUAUCCAGAGAUUGUUAGAAGAAAAACUUACUGCAUUACAGUGUGCUGUGUUCGACAAGACUCUGGCAGACUUGAAAACCCGAAUAGAGAAAGUAGAAUGCAACAAGAGGCACAAAACUGUACUUACUGAGUUACAGGCUAAAAUUGCUAGAUUGACAAAGCGGUUUGGAGCAGCGAGGGAUGACUUGAAGAAAAGACAACAAAAUUCAUCAAAUACACCUCUGUCUCCAGGGAAAGCAGCAAGUGACACUGCAAACACAAACAAUGUGACGUAUCGCAAUACUAGCACAGUGAGGCAGAUGCUGGAGUCAAAGAGGAAUACAGGAGAGAGCACACCAGCAACUUUUCAAGCCCCUGUGAGUGCAGUGCCAGCUUCCAGUGUUGCUGCACCUCCUGCAGUUGUCAGUGGACAUCUUAAGCCUCAGACUCCAGUGAUCUCCACCAGCUCUUUGACAACAACAGUUCUUCCAACAGCUAACACAGCUACAGUUGUAGGCACUAACCAAGUGCCCAGUGGCAGCACUCAGUCGGUGUCUGUCUCAUUGCAGUCUUUGCCCGUAAUCUUGCAUGUACCUGUUGCAGUGUCAUCCCAGCCUCAGCUCCUGCAAGGCCACACGGGAACUUUGGUCACCAACCAACAGUCAGGCAAUGUUGAAUUUAUACCUGUACAAAGCGCAUCUACAGUUGGUAGCCUCACCAAAACUACAGUGUCUUUAGCAUCGACUAACCCAAUUAAACCAAAUAACAGCCCGUCUGUGCCCAGUCCUGGUAUUCAAAGGAACUCUCCAGCCAGUGCGGGGUCAGUAGGCACAACAUUGGCAGUACAGGCUAUUCCUACUGCACAUUCUGUUGCCCAGGCCUCAAGGACUUCUUUACCCACAGUGGGUACUUCAGGACUUCAUAAUGCUACCACCAGUCGAGCUCCCCUACAGAUGAAGAUUCCCCUCUCUGCAUUUAGUAGUACAGCUCCUGUUGAACCACCAACUGCUACAGCACCCAGAGUCGAAAACCAGACAAGCAAGCCACCAACAGAUACUUCGGCAAACAAGCGAACUGUUGAGGGAACAACACAGAGCGGGAAGGUCACAGGAAGCGAUUCAGGAGGUGUCAUUGAUCUUACACUGGAUGAAGAGGAGGAUAGCUCUUCUCAAGCAGACAGCAAGAAGCAGAACCAGACACCUGUUACAGGACUGAGCAUAUCCAGCCAGCCCUUGGCUCGACCCUUGCAGCCUUCACAGCCUUCUCAGCCAAACCCUGUGCAACAGCCAGGUGUGCCAACAAGUGGACCUUCCCAGACCACCCUACAUGUAUUACCUACAGGUUGUGGUCUCUCUGGUCUUUUUCCAGCUUCGACAACAGUGAAUGUAACUCACAGGCCAGUGACUCAAACUCCAGCAAAACUUCCUAUACCAAGAACCCCUGCUAACCAUCAGGUGGUCUAUACCACUCUUCCACCACCACCAGCACAGAACCCUAUAAGAGGAGCUGUCAUGCCAAGCCCAGGUUUAAGGCCAAUCAACCCCCAGUCUGGAGGUAUGACUGUGCGAAUGCCUCAAACAACUGCAUAUGUUGUGAACAACGGACUGACUCUUGGAUCUGGAGCACCUCAGCUUACAGUGCAUCAUCGACCACCACAGGUACAUGCUGAGCCACCACGGCCUGUACAUCCUGCCCCGCUCCCUGAGGCUCCACAGCCACCACGUCUGCCCCCUGAAGCUGCCAACACUUCUCCACCUCAAAAGCCACAGCUGAAGCUGGCACGGGUACAGAGCCAGAAUGGUAUUGUGCUGUCAUGGAGUGUCAUGGAGGUGGACCGGAGCUGUGCCACUGUGGACAGUUACCAUCUCUAUGCCUACCACGAGGAUCCGAGUGCCACUAUGCCCUCCCAGUGGAAGAAGAUUGGGGAAGUGAAGGCCCUCCCACUGCCUAUGGCAUGCACUCUUACACAGUUUGUGUCUGGCAGCAAGUACUACUUUGCUGUCCGGGCUAAGGACAUCUAUGGACGUUUUGGACCCUUCUGUGACCCCCAGUCCACAGAUGUGAUCUCUUCCCAGAGCAGUUAAAGUAGAGAUCUUUGGAGCCUUUAAAUCUCUCCUACUACCAAGAAUCACCCCAGUUUUGGGGGGUUGAUCCCAUGCAUGAAAUUCACUUUUAAAUCCACUCUCUGCAGGAUUGUUUUAGACAGUUGUGUGAUACACUACAUGCAUUCAGAACCAAAACAAAAAUAACGUCUCGCCUGCAGCAAGAGAACCUGUUUUUUCUGGAUAGCUCAAGUCAUGGGCCAUUUGAAAAUUUCACUUUCCCUUCCAUGACAGCUGUUCCACCUAGAUACCUACCUGCUCUAUCCAAGGGCACCCCUGGAUGCCUGGGAUUCUGCUUCAGAGUGGGAACAAAAUAAUAGAUUACAGUUUGUCUGAAGCAAGAUGUACACAUCUGUAAUAUCUGUCAAGGCACUAACACGAGGGCAAGAACAGAUUUGCCUCUUGCUCCCCACCACUCUGUGAGUGGGCUGUGAUAUUAAGGGUGAUUCAGAGUCUCAUUUUUGUACUGGAAGAUUGAGUUGUCUGGUCUUAUUUUACAAACUGUAAUGAGCUCUCUGAGGGGAGGGAAGGGAACUUGAGUCUGGCCAGGGAACCAUUAUUUUUGCAAAUUCGGAGGUGGUGCAAAACAAAAAAAAUCACCCCACUACCUCCUACCUCUCCUAAAUAAGAAUGCUCCUGUGCUUUCACCAUUCUCCCUCACUCAUACUGGGAGCAUUCCCAGGUCAGAUCUGAAACUGGAUUGUAGAGACUGCACUCAUGCCUCUCUAGCUCAGCUAAUUUCUCUACCCCUCCCCUCAUACAUCCAGCCCUUUUUUUAGAUUUAUUUUGUGCCUUAAGGAAUUAUUUCAGAAAUAAAUGUAGCCAGAUACCUUGUGGUGUUCUUUCAUUUGCUUGAAAUUAUUUUUCCCCUCACCCUUCUAGCCUUUCAUUACUGCUUUUCAUUUUCCUGGCCUGCAGUAAUUAUUAUUCCUGUAAAAACCAGGAAGUGUAACAUCUGCUGAUGCUCAGUCCAUUUUUAUCUGCAGUAUCAUUCAACCCUUCCUUCACUGUAAUUCUUGAGUAUUUGUUUUUGUCCUGUUAAGAAUAUUAGAGUAAACAGAGAGUAUUUUCCACCAGAGCCUUUCCCUGUUGAUUUGGGAAAGCUGUAUGCUGCUGUUUAGCCAAAGAAAAAAUCUCCAUGGUGUAGCACCAUGAAAGCUUCUGCUCUUUGCACUCUGCCUGGAGGUUCAGUUAGUGCACAAAGAUAAGAAGUUGGUUUCCCAGUUCUCUUCUCUAGCUCAUCACCUGCCUGCUUCUGCAGAGAGUUAACACUCCCCAAGCAGUUCAGAAAUUAUUUUAGACACUGGCUUAAAACUCAUGAGCAGUUGCAAAUGUUAAUAGUUCUUCUGAGUUGAGAAAAGAAAUUGGUGGCUCUGCCCCACUGUCGUUGACAUGUUAAACUUGAUUUUUGCGUUACCAAAUUGUGACACACCUGGACAAGAAUGUUUAUGUAAGGUUUUUAUUUCGGCACUUUUCAGUCCUAUUCCUGCCCAGCAGAACCAAACAGUGAAGUUAGAAGGGGAAAAGUCUUUUUACUAUCUGACUGCACUCUUUUACGUAGCUGGGAUUGUCACUUCUGUCAGGUGAGUAAUUAAUUUUCUCAGUAUGGAAACUUGCAUUUGCAGUGUAGCAGUUUUAUUGACUGGGGGAGCAAAAAUUCUACCUAAAUCCAAGUAUCAUGAGAGAAAGUUCACACUCAAUCUCAUGUAUGAACAAUGUGUAAUCUUUCCUUUGAGUAAGUUGUCCCUGUAUUACUGAUGCCAAUAAUCAAUAAUGCCUUGGGUUUUUCUAUGUUUAAUUAAAUGUUUUGUCUGCCUAUUUUGAGGAAUAAUUACUUAAUAAGGCAUUUAGUCUACUUACUGGAAGUUGGGUCCUUAUAAAGCCAGUUCUGUAGUAGAGGUUAGAGCAGUUCAUUCCAACUGAUGGCUGUCAAGUCCUCUUUGGGCAUUUUUUUUUUUAAUGUGUCUUUGAGGUGGUACCAAAGGGCCAUUGGCCAUAUCAGUACAAUGAGGUUUAUAGUUUGAAAGUUAAAAUAAACAGUAGAAUACAACCUAUGCUGCUUUAUUUAAUUGUGGUUCCAGCCCAAACUAUACAUGAGCUCAUCUAUAGUUUGUGUUUGUGUUUAGGUCACGACGGUUCUUGGCUUUGUCUUGCUUGGGAUAGGCAGGGGGUGAGGGUCCUGUGUUAAUAAUUUUUUUCCUUUCCUCCAGUGGAGGUAUUCCUAGGGAUGGUCUGGUAUUGUGUUUGGAGGUUUUGCAGGCUGUAUCUUUAGCAAAAUAAGACUCAUCUUUACUAAGGAAAGAUGUCAUUCUCAACUGAACUGAUAAUAAAAACUGGCUUGAUGGAUCCCUUUGUGCUACAUAUGGCAGAGUGCAGCUGGGUUUUUGGGAAGAGAUUAAAUAAGCUGGCUACUGUUUGUUGACUGAAGCCAUCGCAGCUGUGGGGCAAAGGCUGACUUCUCUCUCAUUGCAUCCCAGCAGAGCUGCUAAAGGUUCAGUUUCUGGAUCUUAAGCAAGUCGUGGUGGCAGAGUAUGUGACAAGGCACUGCUUGACUUUCAAAUGUCUAGCUCAGUUUGGAGACUUUAAAGGUAGCUGAUCCUUAAAUCACUGACACACAGAGAGAGAACUGCCAUUUCUGCAGAAUCACUCUUGUGUGGUGGAGCAGAUCUCUGCAGUGAGUAUUCACCCCAUAGUCUAACAAACAGGAGUAUUGCUUAAUUCCUUAAUUCAUGGCACUUUUCCCUGUGUUUUGGGGUGGCUGGUUAUUUUAUUAUCCUUCAUCUCCUAGAAACAAUCAAAUUAUUGAGAAACUCAGUUUCUGCUGGCAACGAACAGUCAGAAGUCAAUUAUUUAUUAGAUUUUAUUUGAAAGUAUUACCAAAAUAUCCAGGAAUAUUCAGUGCAGGUCUGUUAACAGUGUGUUUCUGAAAAGUGUUAAUUGUUGAAGGCUUCCAAUAAUCCACUUUAAAUAUGCUAAAAGUCCCUAUAUGGCGGUUAAGUGGUGGAAGGGUUGGUUUCAGGUUUUUUUCUCUGCAUUUCAUGCAGCUCUUCCCAUCUUCUUUUCAGUAGCCUGGUAUGAAGUUGUUACUGACAGUUUUUUUGUGUUGCCACUGAGUAUGUAACAUUUCAGCAGUACCACCUUGGGUUAAAUUCUACAGCUGUGCUUUCCAUCCCCAUUUGCUUUCUGGUGUGUUACAGGGUUAGCUUGUUUUCUCUGAGUGAUACAAGGGCAUCUGGAUGUCCAGGUUGAAAGUAAUUUCAGUUAGUUCAGUUUCUGGUUGGAGAGGAGCCCUGCUGUGAAGUGCUGAUGGCAAAAUGCUGUUCCUUUCCACUCCUUACAGUUUCACUGGCCUCCUUUAUUUCAUUGUAUGUCUACAAAAGUUUUAAUGGAUUCAAAUAACUAAACCCUAGGAAGGGGCAGACUGUAGGCACAGCAUCUGCAUCUGCAGUGGCAGCUUCAGCCAACGUGAGGGUGCAGAGGCAGGUUUUCCUCAGCCUGUGUUAUUGCCUUGCCCUGACCAGCUUCCCAAGGAGCAGCAGUUGGUCUUAGGCUUUGCUCCUUUGGAUUAUUUGUGCUGCCGUUGGCCAGGUUAGAUCACUGAGCACCAGCACUGAGACACUUGCCCAUCCCAGGGUUUUUAGCACAAGGCUGGAUAUGCCCAUCGUGUCUUCCCUGUAAAAAUCAGGAGUCUUACCCUGCUUCCUGUGAAAACAACAGCAAAGCCCCUCGUGCCUUCAGGGGGAGCACAUUUGGGCCCAAUAGUAGGAUCUGAGCCCCAUUUUGUACUGUAACAAAAAUAGUCAUUUCAUCCCUUCCUUCAUGCUGUUUGUCUUAAAUGUCCAAUAAAUUAGAAUCUGUAUUAUAUGUAGGGGCAGGUCAAGUCUGUUCCUGCUCCCCAAACAGCCAUUCCUCAGUAUUAGAGUAUUUCAUACACUGUACACAAUCAAGCUGUGAUUCUGCCUUCUAUGAAUUCAUGAGUAUUUUCAUUUAGUCAAAAAAAUAUCUAUCCAGAUUUUUUAAAUAGAAGCUUGAUAUAUUAAAUCUAUAUUUUUUUAAUUUGUUGGUUUGGGUAGGGGUGGGCAUUGUAUGAAAACACUGGAGGGAAAGUUCAAAUGACACUGAGCCAGCCCUGCCACCAAAAUCUGUAUUCCCUUCCAAACACCUUCUGAGGGGAGAACAAUAAAAAACAAGGAUAGCUGAGAGAAAGCAAAUAAAUUAAUUUUCCUUUUCAUCUCUUCUAAGUACUUGUUCAAACGCAUCUUUAUUUCUUACUGUCAUUAUGCAGGCUGAGCAUUCUUUUUUCUCUUUUAUAUACAUACAUACUUAUAUAUAUAUAUAUAUAUUUGAAGCGCUGUCUUAAUUUAAGAGGUAUAGUUGUAAAUAAGAUCACUGGGUAGUAGCUGUUUGGGGAGUCCUGUUCAGCUUUAGUAAUUUAUUGGCUAUUGGGAGUCAAACGUGCAAAAUCCUUUGUUAGGAAACUCAGAAUCUGAUUUCUUGUUUUGUUUUGCAGCUGGACUUAUAAAUACCAAAAAUAAAAAUAAAAAUUAGAAAAAAAGUAGGACUGAUUUAAUGUCCAAUUUAAACUGGGCAGUUGCAACAUCUCCCCCUUUUUUGUAUGUAUUGUAGAUUAGUGUGUGUGUCUGUGUUAACUGUAGUGGGGUUUUGUCUGACAAGCCUGAAAUUUAUACUUUGAAAUAAACUACUGGGUUUUUAACA